ACGUGCCCAACGCAACGUGCUACGUCAUCGUUCAGCGUGAAGAGCGUGGUGAUGUGGUUAUACGCUGUGGUCCACCGCCAAAUUCAAAUUGUAAGGAAAAAAGGGGGAGAAAGGGAGCAGCUGCAGCAGAGGACCGACGAUUGUCACAAGUAUCUGUUUGGGUCACACAUCAUGGAUGGGUUUGGAAGAGCUGUGGUUGGAGUCUGGCGGGCGCACACAGUCCUGGAUGAAUCUGAUGGGGCAGAGAGCUCCCCAGAAGUUCCUGAUCGUUUCCGUAAGAUGCCCUCCUCAUCCUCACUCGGCUCCCUGCGGAUGUCUUUGCGGAAGCGGCUGCCGCUCCGGUCGGUUCAGGCAAACUCCCUCCAGGAACCGUCAACCACAGAAAUCCAGAAGGAGCAGCCCAAACCCAGCACGGCCCGCAAGCUCUCCCGCAGCGCCAAGAACUCCAUCAGUGAAAUGUGUCAGAGGUUUCAGAGGACCAGAGAGUUUUCACGUGAGGAGUGCUUGGUGGCCACCCCGGGUCGAGACCCAGAAAUUGCAGGUGCAUCAUCUUGCACUCCGCGGCGCACUCCUCGUCGAGCUGCAACACCCAGACGCACCCCUAGAUCUGCUGCCAAACCCGGCCGCAUGCCGGGAUCUAGAGAACAAAAGACCCCUGAAGCGUCUGUACGUGGGGUGAAAACGGGGAGAGGCAGGAGGCAGCUGGUCCGAAUGGCUGCGCUGCGAAGUCCCUAUUCUUCCCCAAACACAGAGAACCAGAGAAUAAAAUUUGACAAAGAUUUGGAGUCUGUUUCCAGUGGAAUCAGACGACUCAAACAUCUGUCCAAGGCUUUUGAUGACAUAAUUCGAAGAGAGGACAGACCUGGUUCAAGCAACCGUCCUGGAGGGGCAAUGAUGAGAAAGUUGGACCCUAGUGGUAAACUCAGUCGGUCCAACCUCACACGCCGCGCAUCAAACCUCUCCAACACACUGGGAGGAUGGGCCAACACAGCUGUGAACACUAUCCGGAAACCAAACUGAAGCACACAGAGUCUUCAGUAGCCAUGUUUAAAGGUGUUAUUGUGGUGUCACUGUUACAUGUACUGAGAAACUUUCCUAUAGCUGCUUGAUUUUCGUCUUCUAUGUAUGUCUAGCAUUAUUUGAGUCUUGUGUUUACAUGUCUCAGGUUAGCUCUGUAGAGUGAACAUCCUCAUAACUACCAAAGGGAUUGUGAUGUUGAAACAAUAUAUUUUACAUAUCCUAACUAGUAUAAAGAAAUGCUGCACUAUACUCAGAUUGUAGCUGUAAAACUAACACUAAGUGUUCUGAGAGAGUACAGGUAGUUUGUCUUUACCAUAUGUAUGUAGAAAUCUUAAUGUUUUUAUACUCUUUUUAUAUUCCUUUUAAUAAACCAAAAUUUUAUAUUUUUCCUUUUUAUGCAUUUGUAACGGGACCUUUUUUAUAAAUAGCCUGGGUAAUAUUUAAAUGGGCACUUUCUAGCAGAGGUUGUUGCUUGCAAUGGUCUGUGAAUGAUUCAUGCUCCAAUACAGUACACAUAAAUCAUCAGAUAAUGUGAUGGGGGGGUGGAGUGGAAGAGUUAAAGGCUCAUUACCAGAUGACGGCAGUGAUGAUGAUGUUAUGAAGAAAAAUCCAGUGAGUUAUUAGCGUAGUGACAGCCUCAAAUGAAGCAAAACACUUUUUUUUCCUUCGCUGUGCUUCCUUUUUCUGAAUUAAUGGGGAAGAAGGGAGAAUCUGUGCCUAACCGUGAAAAGGAAUUAUACAAUAAAAACUGCAAGUCAA